ACGUCAAUCGCAGCUUGUCUCAGUGAGCUGGGAGUUGGUGAGGGGUGAAUGUGUGCGGUGUGUUCAGUAAAGCUGAAACAGUUGGACCCUGUCCAUUCAGCAAACCGUGUGAGUGACUCUGAAAUUUUCAUGUCGAUAAUGUUUAUGUGAUAUUGCCAAAAUGCUGUCAAACAAAAGUCUGGUGGCUGCCUGUGCCAUAGCAUUCUGCUGCAACGUGGCUUUAAUGGUAUUAUUUGUGAAAUACAAUUCUGGAGAAAGAUGCUACAUAACUAUUGACGAGCAUCAAGCCGUCACAAAUGUAAUACCAGACGACUUUCUCAGUGUUGGCAUUGAUACGUCGGAAAUCGAGCACUAUAGGAAAAUAGAUUUUUCCAAGCCAAGACUGCGACAACUUGCUGCAGCGUUGGCGCCGGCGCGACUCCGCCUAGGCGGCACUAUGUCUGAGAGAUUGAUUUUCAGCGAAAACGAAAUUGUGGCGUCCUGCGAUCAUUGCCCUAAAGAACCACACGCCAAGUCUGUCUGCCCAGCUGUCGAAAAACUUUGCAAACACAACUUACCAUUCUUUAUUAUGACUGGUAAUGAAUGGACAAAAAUUAAUGAAUUUUGCAGAGCUACUAAAGUCAAAUUGUUAUUUACUUUUAAUGUUUUACUGCGAGUUAAUCACACUUGGAAUGAACAAAAUGCUAAAGACCUUUUGGAGUAUAGUAAAAACAAGCACUUUGAUGUAGAUUGGCAGUUGGGUAAUGAACCAAACUCGUUUCAGCAUGUUUUUAAUAUAAGUCUGACCCCAGAAAUGUUAGCUCAUGAUUUUCAAAAACUUCGUAAAGUUUUGAACCAUUCUGGGUACAAGCAUUCCCUUUUAGUAGGUCCAGACACUACCAGACCGCAGCCAAAGCGUCCUUAUUGUCUAGAGUAUAUGAGGGAAUUUUUAGGUAAUGGAUCAAAGCAUGUGAAUGCAAUUUCUUGGCACCAAUACUAUUUGAAUAGUAGAACUGCAACACUUGAAGACUUCUGGAACCCUGACACAUUUGAUUUAUUGAAGGAGCAAAUAGAAACUAUGAGAAACCACACCAAGAAGUACAGACACACCCCUAUGUGGUUAACUGAGACCAGCAGCUCAUAUGGUGGGGGAGCUCCGGGACUAUCAAACUCCUUUGCUGGAAGCCCGCUUUGGCUAGAUAAGUUAGGGCUCUGUGCUAAGUACAACAUCACAACUGUGGUAAGGCAGAGUUUGAUUGGUGGCAAUUAUAGUUUAAUUGAUAAUAAAUUAGAGCCACUACCAGAUUGGUGGCUGAGUGUCCUGUAUAAAAAGCUGGUAGGCAAUAAAGUAUUGCAUGUUGACUGUAAAUGUUCUAGAUUGCAGAGAAUGUAUGCACACUGUGCUAAUAGAAAAUACACCAAUGAUACUUCAGCCAUUACUAUUUAUGCUGUCAAUUUAGAGAUGACCAAAGCUCGAUUCUUAUUAAAUGGCACUGCAUUGCAUGGAGACAAUUUAAUCAUUGAUGAAUACAUAUUGAGUGCGCCAUCUAAUAAUAGGAGAACAAAGACCUUGUUGUUGAAUGGUUGGCCCCUGUAUUAUGAGUCCUCCUUACCAGAUCUUGAACCAGUGCAUCUCAAAUAUGGCAAUCACAUAUCUAUGCCUCCAUAUUCUAUGGCUUUUUGGGUAAUAAAAAAUACAUCUAUUAAAGCUUGCAAAUAAAAUCAUUCACAUUCUUCUCCUUUCAGUUGACCAAACAUAACAUCGAUCUUUGUACUUAACAUUCCAGUAAGAUGAACAUGUUUAUGAGAACAGAUCUGUAUUAUUUAUAAACUGUAGAUAUAAGAUUCAAGUAACAAAUAAUCAUUGUUAAACAGGAUCAGUGCAGUGAAAUAUUUAUUGCAAAAACAUGUAAAAAAUUACUUCUUCCACAUUAUUCAAAUUUAGUAGAACAAAUUGGAAGAAUCUAAUAAGUUUUAAGUACUUCUGUAAUGUUCAGUUCAAUUGCAAAGACAACAGUGAUCUUUAAAACAAAAAUAACAGUGUAAUGAGUAAAUCUUUUGUGACAUUUAUUAGCUUGCCUUGAGAAACAUAGCCAACCUGUUUACUUGUUUAAAUAUUUCAAUUUCCAUUUUGCAUCGUCUUUGCAAUAAUUAUCUUUAAGUGUUGACAAUACCCAGCCUUGUCCAUCAGUCAAGGCAAAUUGUUCUUCAUUUGACAUUGAACUACUGUCACCAUUUGAUAAGGCUCCUCUGUUGUUCAAUCCCUAGCUAUAGCUAAAUAGCUUAUUAUACAUGAUUGUGAAUGUUAUGUCCAGAUUCCAGCGUUAUUAUCAAUUUACUAGGCAAUUUGCUUUUGUCUUGUGACUUAGUAUGUAGGACUCAUAAGAUCUCUUUAUAUUAUGAUUAAGAUUGUGACAUCGUACAACUGUUAUCUAUUUUUUAUAUUUGUGUUAUUUAUGCUGUGUGUAAUUUCUUUAAUAGUUUACAUUGUCAUGUUAUGAUUAUCUCCAAUAUAAAUAAUCUCAGUGCCAUCAAGUGCUUUACUUAAUCUGGUUCACAGGUGCUUUAAAUUUUGUUUUACAUUCGACAUUUUGAACUAUGUAUACAAAUGUAUUUGCUUCCUUAAGCAAUUUUAACGACUAUAAAACUUUUUGAAAAUAUAUAAACUGCUUUGCAUAAUUCUAGGAAUUAUAAAGAAUGUUCUGACAUUAAUGUAAAAUAUGUUACAAUGUUAUUAAACAGUUAAAAUGUAUAUUGAAUACAAUGUGAAUGAAUGUUGGUUAUGUAGGUAUUGUAUCAAAAUAUUUUAUAAUAAUUGUACAUCUUGUAUUGUAUUAAAUAACAUUAAAAUCACAAUUAUUUUAAGCAGUUGCACAAAAUAAUAAGUAACUUAAAAGUGUUUUGAAUAAUUUGAAUUGUGCAUUACUAACUUAUACAAUGUAGAUGGUUCAAAAUACUGAAUAUUGUUAAUUGUACAAUUUCUGUAUUGUCUCCACCAACUAAACCUGGCUAUUUUAUUGUAUGUCAACUGUACCAGUAAUUUAAUGUUAUUAAACAUUAGAAAUAAGUAUAAGCUUACACUUUUAAGUAAUUUGAUCAAACUUUUAAUUAUGUAUUUUAUUACAAGAUGAUUUUAUUUAGUUUACAAUUACAUAUAUUUAUAAUAAUACAAUGAAACAGCUGCUUUAUAGCCGUGCUUUGUAAUGUCUACAUGAUAUAAAUAUUGACCAUAUUUAGUAUCAAGUAAAAUCGAAUUCUUUGAAAAUAUAAUUACAAUAUUGUUGUGAACUUGCGGUGCCUAAGUGUAAGACUGAUUAGAAUUACAAUAGUAUUUAUUUUCCAAAUGUGCCUAAUUGUUAUUGAAUUCGAUUUCAAGAGCAGUAAUAGCAAAUAUAUUAUCACCUACCAGACAUAACGUAAUAAACGCGCAUAUACAUAUGCCAAAAUAUUGUUAACAUUUUUGUACGGAAAGCUUAAUCAAAACUAAUUUGAAUGAAUGAAUGUCUUCAGUUUAAGUGUCAUUUAUAUGUAUCAAUAGUUUUACUAAAAUGUUUCUUGGUUUCACUUUUUUUUCUUAUAUCCUUUACACAAUUAUUUACAAACUUUCCAAAUUAUAUUUAAGUUUAUCAUUGAGCAUUACAAAUAAGUUGAGUUUAAGUUUAGGAAUUUACUUAUAAUUUAUCAAAAAAUAAUACGAUUUUUCUAAGAUGUUGAUACUAUGUAUAAACGUUAGUUUCUACGCAUACUGCCAACUUUUGGUAUUAUUAAAAAAAAUCGUGCCUUGUAAUAAUCAAGGAUUUUUUGAACUAUGUUUUAUGGCUACAUGAUUUUAAAUAAGUACAUAACUCGUCAUCGCGUGGCGUAUUAAGAUGUGGCCACGUAAUGCUUAAGAUUAAGAUUGUAAUGUUUGAAGCUGGCUGUCGCGAAACGCCUCCUUUAGAUAACUACGUACUAAUUUUAAAACUGUACCAAUUUCACUUGUUAACAAUCUCGAUGGCUCCUUUCAUCACCAAUUAAAUUAAUAUAGGUACUUACCUCGCUUAUUUGAAUGGAAUAUUAGAUUUGGUAAUCCUAAUUGUUCUGAUGUUAAAAUCAACAUAAGUACUUAGGAACCGGCACCUUUGUUCAGGUAAAGUAAAUGAGAAAGGUGGCCUAGAUAGUGCUUAAGUAUUUUAUGAUAAAAUAUUUUAAUUACGCACAAACGCAUAGAUUAUCUUAAGGCAAAUAUAUCUAGGCUAAAUCUAUAUCUAGACCCAUGAACGAGUUGCUUACUAUGGAGGCGAAUGGAGUGAACAGCCAAAUUAUGUUUGUUCGUAGUAUUCAAGGAAUGAAUAACAGACAUUUUAUCAAUUUCAGAUUCGUUUUUAUGAAUAUACAUUAGAUUUUCAAAUAUGUACUGCGAAGUUACUGUCAGAAUGUUUAUUUCCUUGAAUUUCGCUCGGAGAGAAACUCCAGGCCCCAGGCCGUAGAGAGAUAAAGCCGUAAAAUAGUGUCAAACCUCCAAAUGAUUCUACAGAUGGAUUAACUCUUCUCAGAUAUAGGUUACGUAAAUAUUCUUGCCUUUCAAACUUCAUCAAGUACUUUUCUGAAAUAUUGAGUUUCUUAACGGUUUUCGUCGGUUCAAACCUUACGAUAUGCAAGCGGAAAGAUGCAUUAAAAGAAAACUAGAAACAAAUUCGCUAUCUUCACACCAUCCAGUAGGUACCUAUACUAUGAGAGCGAGUAGGUACUUGACGUUUUCUGACGUAUGUCAGUGAAAGUACGGAGACCCAGUCUGUGUGGGCCCAUGGCCACCCUCUUACAGGCAAAACAGAAGAGACACCAUAGUAUUUCCUUUGACUGUCUCUUCCGUCCUGUCCUUACGUCAAGUUAUCUAGCACUUGCUCGCAAACUAUAAAUAAUUUGGCUAGUCCAGAAUGUACUUAUUGAAGACCAUGCAUUAGUGUCAAGGGCCAUGUUUUAAUUGCACAUGUGUAAAAAUUGCUUUGUGAUAAACGUCAUUUCUUUUGAUUGGUGUCAAUUGAUAAUGGGCGGUUGACGUUCCGCGAUUAUUGAUAAGUCUUGAGUCAAUCACGUAAGUGCUUAGAAACUUACUUAAGCACCUGUAGUUAACUAAAAUCAAUUAUCUGAUUCGCUACUGAGUAAUAAAAACAAUAUCUUUCCCUUAAUAAAAAAAAAACAAUUUACCAAAGAAAAAGUGGAUUCAGGUAGAAAAAAAUCUUACCGACUACUAAAUGAGUUAGAACGUAACACCCUUGUACGAUACCACUAGGUACCUACACACAUAAAGCAGAGUUUCAGUUUCAGAGUUUCUUCUCCAGAGGCAUUUUCCAUGAAACGAGGUAUCUGAAAACAGUGAAUUCUAUGAACAAAGUUUCAUUUCUAUGAACAGAGAUUUCAGUCAACAGUGCGUCCUAUGGACCGAUAUAUCUGCGGACAAUAUUUCCUAUCAACAAAGUUUUCGGCGAAACGUGCUGUCUAAUAGCAAUUUCUAUCAACUUUGCUUUAUGUCUGUAGUGGUAUCGUACAAGCGUGUUUCUAUCUUACCGAUACAAUAACCGCAUUGUUGAAUUUCUAAACUCGUUUCGGAAACGGAUGAGCCACAUCAAAAUUUGUUAAUUACAUGUCAAACCGUAUGACAGGCGCUGUGAUGUCGUUAAUUCUUUGAUGAUCCUAUUUAAGUUGUUACUCACAACUUGUGUAAGUAAUAGAUUCGACAGCAACUUAAAUUGGUCUCCUUUUGCAGAUACCAUGGAUGAGACUACCAAUACGUAAAAUGUAUAUUUAAAUAUAUCCUAUUGUUUUAAGUGUCGUGAGUAAAAUAAAUUGAUAGCUGUUUGCUAAACUGGUUUUGUCGACGUGAGAAGCUAGCUCGCUUUUUUGGCGUCUUGUAGACCAAACUAACUUUUUGGACAAUACCUAACUAUACCUUACCUAUGCAUACUACUUUACUUCCUAUAAGUUUAAUGAAUAAUAUACAUACUGUUUAUGCAAUCGCUUAUUUUCUACGUACAAAUUUAUAUUGUAGAACAGUUAAUAAAGUCUAUGUUAAAACAA